GUGUUUCAUUCAUUCAUUGUUCAGUCUGUUACCCUUAGUCCUUUAUCCACCUCAUUUCACUUGACUUCAUUUCAACUUUGCUUGUUCUUUGCACUUAUUUGAAAAAUAUUAGUACAGGAACAGAAUAUUUCUUUCACUUUUAUACACAACUCUUCUAUCCUUAGCCUUUACACAAUGAGUACCAUGGUUGGUCAGCUCACUGUACAGGGCACUAUGCUCUCCACGCCCAACGCACCUCGCUCUACACUCUUCACCUGUCUAGCCUGCCAAGUAGCAUUCAAGACUGCGGAUAUCCAACGAGAGCACUAUCGUUCAGAUUGGCAUCGCUACAAUCUAAAGCGCAAAAUGGUAGAAUUGCCUCCUGUCAGCGCAGAAUUGUUCUCACAAAAGGUUCUAGCACAACAACAAAAGACUGCUGAGGAUAUGGCUGCAGCUACUGCUGGGAACAGCAACAACAAUGAAUGCAAGGCUUGUCGAAAGUCAUACUCGUCUGAUAACGCUUACCAGAACCAUCUUGUUUCCAAGAAGCACAAGGAGAUGGAGGCCAAAAUCAAAGCAAAUCCUCGUCCUGAGAAGAAGAAGCAACCUGUUGAUGAGGAGAGUGAUAUCGACUCCAUUACCUCGAAAAUCACUGUAGAUCUAUCAGUGACUGACGAUACAACUUUGGAAGAGAUGAAUGAGAUUAUGGAUAAAAAGAUUGAGAGCGCCAUCCGUCUGGAACCAACGGACUGUUUGUUCUGUACUGAGAAGGCAGAGACUUUUGAAAGCAAUGUUGAGCAUAUGACUAAGAAGCAUGGAUUAUUCAUUCCCGAUAUCGAAUACCUAGUUGAUCUGGAGGGAUUGAUCAAAUAUUUGGGCGAGAAGAUCUCUGUUGGAAACAUUUGUUUAUACUGCAAUGGUAAAGGUCGUCAGAUCAAAUCUUUGGAAGCUGUUCGAAAGCAUAUGAUCGACAAAGGUCAUUGUAAGAUUCCCUAUGAUACAGAGGCAGAGAUGAUGGAGAUUGUGGACUUUUAUGAUUUCAGAUCUUCGUAUCCGGAGGAACAACAACGCAAGAUGUUGGAGGCAGCGGAGAGAGCCGAUCGAGGUGAGGCCAGCGUUGAGGAUGAAGAAGAAUUAGAGUUGUUGAAUGAGGAGAUUGCAGGCUCGGGCGCUCGUUUAGGUGAUGAUGAUAUGGAGCUGAUUUUACCCUCGGGAGCCAGACUGGGACACAGAUCCUUGAAUAAAUACUAUAAGCAGAAUGUCAGGCCUGAAGAGACUCGGGACUCUGUUUUGAUCAACCGUUUGUUGACCCAUUACACCGACCAUAUGGGCUACGACCUGGCAUUGUCAAAGACCAAGACGCGCUCAGAGCGUGGACAGGCAUUGGUAGCACGGAAUGAAGGCGAGGCUCGAUGGGCGCAUAAGCAAACAUCUACAUUUAAAGAUUUCCGAAGGAUUGAGGAGCAUAAAGCCCGUGUGGGACAGAAGCAAAAUAAGCUACAGAAGCACUACCGCGAACAAAUUUUGUAAUUCUCUUUUUCCUUUUCUUUCCCUUGUCAUUUUACUCUUAUGAUGAUCUUCAUAGCAUAUCAUUUUCAACUCGUUUCAAAAAGAAGAAAAAAAAGCUUGUAUAUCACUUGUCACUAUAUAAAUACAGGCAUUAAAUAAAAUUUGUUGGAGCAUUUUUUUUAAAGCUUGUGUUGACAAGACGUGC